AUGGACUCCUCGGCCGGUGCCACAUUGGCACCCCCGGCGGUCGCCUCUCUGAGAGCACAGCAAACAACUGCAAUGGAGAGGUCAUUAAGCCAGGAUAUCCGGGAAGAACGCGAGGAACUUCGAGAAGCCGCCGAGCAGACCCUCAACACCAUUGUCGACCUCAACCUUGAUGGAACUAUUAAAUGGGUCAGCCCCUCUUGGACCGAUGUCGUGGGCACCCAGUUCGAGAAAGUCAACGGCCUACCCAUUUCUGAUUUGAUAGUCAGCGAAAACAAUAACGUCUUUACAGAAGUUGUCGAGUCUAUGAAGAAGGAUGAUUCUCGAAGCCACCGAGUCCGGUUUGCUGUCAAGCUUGGACCCCUCUCAAAACUCCUACCUCUCGACGACCUACAAAAUGACCCCGAGAAUGAGCAGAUACAUGCCGUGGACCUUGAAGCCCAGGGUAUUAUGGUCUAUGACAGCGUCUCCGGUGGAGAGAGUCAUACAAUGUGGAUGAUUCGCCCGUGGAUCGCUCCUCGAGAGAUCAAGAUUGACCUACCCAACGUUAUUGUUGAUUCGUUAGGUUCUGGUGCCGAAGUCUUGGCGAGCUAUCUGACCCAACUUGCCGAGAGCGGACUUGACGACCCCGAACAGCUAGAGCCACCACCUCCGGUUCUCUGUCGUAUUUGCGAACGUCACAUCCCUCGAUGGUGGUUUGAGAAGCACACUGAGUUAUGCUUGCAAGAACACCGGGCCGAGAUGGAUGUCCAGAUGGCCCAGGAAAACUUGACCGAACAUCGACACUCGAUCGUCAAGGUGCUCGAUGCCUUGGAGGCCCGCAAGAGCCGAUCGUUGUCUGGCGACCAGACACCCGUACCCGUUGCUGAGUACAAAGGUCUACCAAUUGGGCCGCCGCCAUCGACACAGUCAUCACCUGGUAGCUCAUUGCCCCGAUCGAGGGAGCGCUCCGGAGGAUUUGGGCAUACUAGGGCACGCUCGUUCGCGAUUCGCCGACCUCAAGCUCGAAUUGUUGAGCUGCUGAUGGACCUCUGCGACACUGCUAUCGAAGUUUGUACUCCUGCCAUAAAGGAGUCUUCAACACAGCAAACCAAUGGCGAAAUCAGAACACAAUCGCCACAAUCCGAGUCACGGAUAUCACAAGUUCUCCAGUGGCAGUCACCAAGCACCAAUACUCUGGAACAAGAACAAGGAUUGGCUCUGUUAUGCGCUGAUACAGAGAAGGUUGCCAGAACCAAGAUCGAUGCUGUCUUUCGCCACAGGAAAAUCAUCGAGUACGCUGAACGCAUCCGCAUCGAGCUUGCUUGUCUCGUCCAAGAUUGUAUUGACGAGGCUAUGAGGAAGGCAGCCCGUAUAGCUAACGGCGAACUCACUGACUCCACCGAAGAGGAAAGGAUGAACUCUGAGUAUGACCAGUGCGAUACAUGCGACGAGGACGCUGGCGUAGACGAAGAUGUACCUCCUGAGCCCCUGGUCCCUGAGCCCCAACAAAUCGAGCAACGAGAGAGCGAAAGUUUUGCGGAGCCUAUGAACAGUCCAUCUGCGUUGGCCACGGCUCUGCGCCAAAUGAGUUUGGCCGAAAACAGAGAUCGAUCACGGCCUACAUCCUUCGUGGCAUCCACUAGAUCCAGCAGCCCUAAGGAGUGUCCUACACCCAGGUCCCAUUUUGGUGGACAGAGUAACCUCGGGGUCCAAGUACGAGACACCCGCCGAGAUUCUAUCUACAUGGAAGGGGACUUUCUUGACAGCGAAGGCAGCUUUCGAUCGUCUUCGGUUGCAUCUCGUAAUGCCCCGCGAACCGAGUCUCCAAUCUCUGAAUUUGGAGAUCUUAGACGUGCUGCAAGCACGAGGAGGCGGCACCGACGGAGUCUUAUUCUACCCGGCACUUCCUCUCCCCAUCGCCAAGAAUCACCCUCCAGACCAGGACAGCCAUCUUCACCAUUGCGAAUAAAAGCCAGAGGAUUCCCGUUGUCUCAGGAGAGUAUGGUAUCUCCUGAAGCUUCUCCUAUGCUCCCUGGCAGCGACUUUAGCUCACCCGCUACACAUAGUCACAGGCAUCACCGGAGGCAGUCUUCGGCAGCCAUAUCUGACUUUGUCAUGAAGCCACCGCCUUCGCCUCGUCUAGGUGCUAAUCAAGCCCCUCCACAACAGCGUCCAACCCAACCGUCCAUCAAGGACUUUGAGAUUAUCAAGCCCAUCAGCAAAGGUGCUUUCGGUAGUGUCUAUUUAUCAAAGAAGAAGUCCACAGGAGAGUACUUUGCGAUCAAGGUACUCAAGAAAGCUGACAUGGUAGCCAAGAACCAAGUCGGAAAUGUAAAGGCAGAGCGCGCUAUCAUGAUGUGGCAAGGGGAAAGUGAGUUUGUCGCCAAGCUUUACUGGACUUUCUCGAGUAAAGAUUAUCUUUAUCUGGUAAUGGAGUAUCUCAAUGGUGGCGACUGCGCUUCGCUGAUCAAGGUCUUGGGUGGACUUCCUGAAGAGUGGGUAAAGAAAUACCUUGGCGAGGUGGUCUUGGGUGUCGAGCAUCUGCAUAGUCGAGGCAUCAUCCACCGCGAUUUGAAACCAGACAAUCUCCUUAUAGACCAGAAAGGUCAUCUUAAGCUCACGGACUUUGGACUCUCCCGACUAGGUUUGGUUGGUCGACAAAAGCGUGCGCUGAAUAGCGAAACCUCAGACGGAACCCCAGAUUUACUUAAGCAAGGUCCCUUUGCUCGAUCUACAUCCAUGGCUUCCUCAAGGUCCGCGUCACUCGACCUCCACGGCCAUACCCAGUCUCCAAGCCAGACACCGCAAAUGACACCAGAGGUUGGCAGCCUGGCCCAGCCUUCCUAUUUCAGUCUGGGUCAAGAACCUCGCCGAGUAUCAGGUACUCACAGAAGUGAUAGCGGGGGCAGCGAGUCGCUCGCGCGAAUGGUAACAAACUUCUCGUUGCAUGAUGCCGACAUGGCAUCUCAAUCCAAUAGCAUCAGGUCACCGUUAGACGAAGAUGCAGUUGCGCAGGGGUCGCCUGAUUUGCCUAUGAGCGUUGGCUCGAGAAUGAGCAUAGAUAGUCAUGCCAGAAGCUCGCUACCGCUCUCUAACAUGAUGCCUCCACCAAUGGCCUUGUUCAAUCCCGAAGAUACCAACCGACGCUUUGUGGGUACGCCCGACUAUCUGGCCCCGGAGACCAUUAAGGGUGAUAAGCAGGAUGAGACGAGUGAUUGGUGGUCUGUUGGAUGUAUCUUGUUCGAAUUUCUCUAUGGCAUCCCCCCUUUCCACGCGGAUGAGGCCGAGGAAGUAUUUGAGAACAUCCUUGCUCGAAAAGUCCAGUGGCCAGAUGAGACCGAGUGUGAGUCGGUGUCUGAUGAUGCCAAAGAUUUGAUCAACCAGCUCCUGUGUAUGGAACCCCACCAGCGUCUAGGAUCAAACCGCGAAGAUAGGUUCUCCUCUGGCGGUGAAGAAAUUCGCGGCCAUCCUUGGUUCCAGGAGGUCAACUGGGAGACACUUUUGGAGGACGAGGCUCAGUUUGUGCCACAACCUGAGAACCCGGAGGAUACUGAAUACUUUGAUGCCAGAGGAGCAGUGCUGCAGUCGUUUGCAGAGGAAAUGGAAGACCAAGCGUCUCCUCAAUCUUCUGCAGCAGGCUCUGAGUAUGCCGAGCGGCCACACGAUGCUCUUUCUCGGGUCCGAUCUCAGGUCAACUCUAUAAAUCGGAAGCUCAUGCCGCUGCACAUUCCACCCCAUGUACGAGAUCUGAAAUCGAGACGCCUUAGUGAACCAGUAGCAAUGGACGACUUUGGCUCCUUCUCGUUCAAGAACCUUCCUGUACUGGAGAAGGCCAACAAGGACGUUAUCCAGAAGCUGAGGGCCGAGGCGCUAGCUGCGCAGAGCAAAGGAACUUCAGUUAGCCCCGGAGCAGCAAGCAGCAUUAUAUCGCCUGGGCCAUCACUCGAGGGCAGCCCCGUUCUAUCGAAUCCUGUUUCUAGAACAAUUUCCAACGCCAAGGCGACAAAUAGAGCACAAUCGCCUUCAGGCUUUGGUCAUGUAAGCGCUUCGCCUAACCGAGCCUCGCAGCCGUCAUCACCAUUGUUGGUCUCAUUUGUCGCCGGCCAGGGUACUGAGGGACGACGAAAGGCGUCGAGCAAUUCCUCAAGCCUGUCUCACCAAUCAACCGCCGCAACAUUGCAGCCGGGUUCAGCAUUUGAGAUACCCAAGGUGCCACCAAGUUUGCAGAAGGCCGCUACCACGGUCGCAGUGUCAUCCCCCAGUCAGGGUCGCAGCGCAGCGCCGCCUCCCUUGUCGUUGUCGCCCCAAAAGACCAUAUCAACUCCACGACAGGGCAGCAACUCUUCCGCAGGACGAUCGAGGUCACUCACUGUGGGCUCGCAGUCUCAGGAUGGCAGCCCUGUGGCAUCUGACAUAAUGCAUCAUCAUCGGAACCGCAGAAGUCAAGUCUUUGACAUGUCUCCAUCCUCUUCAGAUAAUGAAGGCGAGAAGCAUAACGCUCUUCUCCGAGUGCAGAGGCGUAGGCAAAGCUCAAGGCGGCUUUCACAGAUUGCUUUCGACGCAGGACCUACCUUCCGACCCUUAGAUGUGCUGAUUUGUGAGGACCACCCUGUAUCCCGCAUGGUUAUGGAGAAGCUGUUGGAAAAGCUCAGAUGCCGCACUAUCUCUGUGCCAAACGGAUCUGAAGCCGUCAGAUAUUCGAUGAGUGAGAUUAAGUUUGAUGUCAUUUUCCUCGAGUAUCAGCUCCCUCAAAUCAACGGAGCUGAUGUAGCACGAAUGAUCAGGGAGACAAAGAACGCCAACUCACAUACACCCAUUGUUGCUAUUACAGCUUAUCUGAAAGAGCUUCAAGCGCCCCACUACUUCGACUCGCUGAUCGAGAAGCCCAUUAGCUCCUCUAAGCUCACCGAAGUAUUGCGAGGGCUAUGCCAGUGGCGACCCGAGUCACCAGGGCAUGCAUCUGGGAUGCCACGACCGAUCCCGAUGGGAAUUCGUAAGGCCAAUUCUCGACUCGAGGAUAGUCCUACGUCGGGCUCAUCUGUUUUUGCCGGCCGCUUAGGAACUGCAAUGAUGUCAAGCCGUGAAGACUCGAUCACCUCGUCCUUGUUUGGCGAUUCGGAGUCAGUGACGACCGAAGAGUUGCCGGUAGUUAGUCGUAAGGCUACGAACGAAUGGGACGAAGGAGGUUUAAACAUCACUGACAACAACGAUGCCCCCGAACCUUCAAGAAAAGGAAUUCCUCAUCUUGUGGCUCAGCAAUCAGCCCCGGCGCAGAUGGAACACCGCCCACGGGGCAACGACAAGCUCAAAGGGAAGCGAGAAGGCUCCGAACAAAGAACAGUGGAAGGCACUGAGUCGGCUGACGACGAAGACGAGGAGCUGGGAGGCGGUAGGGACAGGCACCAUGGCCGUAACAGCCAGCAGAUGACGACCAAGGCCGGCCUCCCCAGCUCCAAGCUUGGCAUUGAGAUGAUGCGGGCGAACAGCCAUGAUAGUUUGACAGUGGGCUCAGAGAGCACGCCUGAAGCUGUGACGCAAGUCGUGACAACACCUUCUAAGGAGAUGGAAGUGGGAAUUCUGGACGACGCAGUUCCUGGGGAAGUCACUGCACAUACUCCUCCUGACGCCGGGUUGAAAAUCGAAGGAUUGACGCCCAAGACGGAUAAGGAGGGGACUGACAGCGUAGACGCUACGCCUCGACCUUUGACAGUCGUAAAAGGAGAUGGCGGUGGCGAAGAUGAGGAAGCAACACCGACAAGAUCGAUAGGAAAAUGA